AUGAAGCCAAUUCCUAUUACUAAACCUUUAUCUAUUAGACAACAACCAAUUAAUUUCAGUAGUCAAAGUUAUCAAGAAUGUAAUGCCAACGACAUUGACGACAACACCUCAUUCAUGCUUGAUCAUUGCAUCAAUGGAUCUGUUCCUGCUUCAUCAAAUUUCAGCACAAAAAAGUCAAUCAGCAGUUCAUUAACAAAAGAUGCAAACGAUUUCAUGGCAAAGAAAACUCUUUCUCGCCCUCCUCCAAUAACUACAUCCUCUUCUUCUACCGCUCCCAAUUUUGUAAGACCCAAUGUACUUUCGCCAACUCUCCAAUCCAAACGAAAGUCCGCAAACCUUACCUCUCCCACCCUUUCUCCAAACUUUAUACCCUCGAAUUCCCUUCAAACUCUGAAUAGCAAUCCAGACAAUGAAAAAAUCAUGUUAGAUUUUUUUCAAGUUUUCCAAAAACAGCAAGCAAAAAGCAAUGAUGGUUCUGGAGCUUCCUCAACUGAUGAAGACGAAGUGUACAUGAACAUUUUAUCUUCUUCACUGUCUGCUCAUCAAGAUUGGUCGAGAAUUAUAAAUAAGGUUGACAAUGCACUGGUCAAGUCUCCCAGUGAAGCAUUGGACGACAAUGACCGGCAAUGUCAAAGUUUUCAUUCCAUCACUGAGCUUGACAAAAAGAAAGUCAAAAGAAAUUGGUUUAGAUUUAUGAAAAUUGAAAGUGAUUCUUCUUUUGAAGAUGAAGAAAAUUCUGACUCAGAAGAAGAAUCAGCCAACCACUCUUUGGAUAAGAAAGAAAUUCUACUCUUAUUUUUACUUCAGCAUGUUGCUAAAGAAUUAAACCCAGACAUGUCCUUCUUUUUGAAUUUAUGCAAGCAUUUGGGAAAGCUUGGAUAUUUCUCAGAUAAGAUGACUGAUGAAAAUUUUAUCAAAACACUCUGUAAAGAUUUCAUGCAAGAUAUAGCGGAUAUUUUCCCAUCCAUCGUUGAACACGAAACCUCUAAGGGUAAGAUUGUGAGAUCCGAAAGUCAUGCGUCUUACUUGUCAGAAAUUUCACAUUCUCCAUCAUCGUUAAGAGAUAAUUUUGGUAGUCUGGACGACAUUCCUGUAUUGGAUUCAAUGUUCUAUAACACUAAGCGACUCGAAGCUGAUUAUUGUCACUUUCAAAAGCUUGGUAAAUCAAAACCUUACUCAUCAAUAAUUAAGGCCACUCAUAGAAUCGAUGGACGGACGUACGCUAUUAAGAAAGUCCACUUUCAUUUUAAGAACACACUAGAACUUGAACAUGUUUAUUCAUAUGUUGUGAAUGAAAUAACAGCACUUGCAAAGCUUGACCAUGAAAAUGUUAUUAGAUUUUAUGCUGCUUGGUUUGAGCCAUCAAGAGAGCAUGAAUGUUCUCAACAAAAAGAGAAUGAAUUUACAACGAGCGAUUUGUCUCAUGAAGAUGCAAGCCCUCUCGUAUGGAAUGACACUCAUAUCCACAACAUGGAUUUGUUAGAACAUGAUUUUCUGAAAAAAUCCCCUCAAACGUUAUCAUCACGGCUUACCAACUCGAUACAAUUCGAAUCACCAAAAGCACGACCCAUUGAUAUCCAUUGUAAAAAUAAUACCUCCUCACCACCACCCAAUAUGUCCUAUCUUGAAUUUGCUCUUGAACGAAAGAAAACACCAAAUACUACAAAAAAGACCUAUAUUGACACAGAAACACAGAACAUCACCUCUUCCGUGAAAUCAAUUCUACAUGAAAUGUUCAAUGUAAACAAUCACUUUGAAAUGGUUCUAUAUAUUGUUAUGCAGCUUUGUGAAGGUACCACUCUUGAAGAUUGGCUAUCAGAGAAGAAGAAAAACAAGAAACUCCAUCACUUGCAAGAAGCUCUACGGUUAUUCAAACAGAUUUUGAAAGGUGUCUGCCACAUUCAUGCACAUGGCUUGGUACACAAAAAUCUUAAACCAAACAAUAUAUUUGUGCUUUCGAAUGGAGUUAUUAAGAUUGCUGACUUUGGUCUAGCAAAAUAUCUACAAGAAUGUCUUCUCAGCCACUGCAAAGAUGGUUCCAACAGAAAAAAGUCUUCACAACAUUCUGCCGAGCAAAGCUCAUUAUAUUCUAGCCCUGAACAAAUUUUUAAUUCCAAGUUUGAUCAAAAAGGAGACAUAUUUAGUUUAGGAGUCAUAUUGUUUGAACUCAUUGCACCUUCUUUUAUUACAACUACAGAACGAGUUCAUGUCCUUACACAACUUAGGAAAAAAGAAUUCCCAGAAGAAAUGAUUAAGAACUUUCCACGAGAAAUUGAAAUUGUGAAACAAUGUUUAGAAAAGCCCAAUAACCGACCUACAGCCCAAGAGUUACUUCACAAAAUUAGUAGACUCAUCAAAGCAUACAAGAUUGAGGGAAAGUUUUCUAACUCGUCAAAAACAGCCUCUAACUUGCACAUGCUGUCCACGCCCAGUUUUCCAUCCUACGAUACAAUUAAAGAAAAGAAUAGAAUUAUUGAGGAGCAGCAAAAGCAAAUUGAAAUGCUGUUGGAACAACUCAAGAAUGUAAAUUCAAAAUAA